AUGGUUUUACGUUGCAGAGGAAAAGCUACUGUUGCUGCAGCCAUACCAUUUAUUGCGUUCAUAUGUCUUGGUCUACUGUUUUUGACAAUUGCAACUGCUAUAAUUGUUUCAUUAAUACCCAUCUAUUUAAAUAAACCUACAACAGCACCAAAACUAUCUCAAAGUCAACUGGCAUUAAUAACAUUUUAUAUUGAUGCCGUUGGUGAUAAUACUUUACCAGCUGGUGCCAUUCUUUCUGCCGAUGCUUUACAGGCUAUUCGAGCAAGAAUUUUAUUAUUCUUACCUGCCAACUAUAUAUCAGAUGUCAAUGUAACACGUGCAGAAACUGCCCUUGUAAAUUCACCUGGUGGUACUGGUAGUCGUCGUCGACGGCAGUAAGUAUGUCAAAUCUCUUAUUUUGUGUGUCAGACACCUGGCAGUCACAGAAUGAGAGCCACGACUAUCAGUGCUCAAUAAUUAUCUCAGAUUUUUCCAAAAUAUCCUCAUGUUGUAGAGCAUAUUGAGUUAGCUAUAAAUGCAAAUUUUAACUUUUCCAGACGUGAAAGUUUUCCUUAGGGUCCGACGAUAAAAAAAGUGUUCCGAGAAAAUGUGGGAGUAAAAUUAAAAUAUUCAUUUCUCGAUGACGAUAAGAGAUUUAGUCUAGAUUUGUGCACCGCAGACACUAGACAAUGUCCUGUAUCUACUGACGGUC